CAGCAAAAGGCCGCCUUGCUGAAGAACACUUCAGCGUUGCAGACGGUGUCCCUCAGGAAUAAAACCAUCACAAGAGAGCGUCCCAAUUCUGCCAUUUACCCAUCCGAGAGUUUUCGGCAGACCUUGCUGGGAUCCCGCAGAGGCCGUCCCACCUUGUCGCUUUCCAAAAGUGUCUCCACUACAAACAUUGCAGGAUCGUUCAAUGACGAAUCCCCGCUGGGCAUCCGGAGGAUCCUCUCCCAGUCCACCGACUCCCUGAACAUGCGCAACCGAACCCUGUCCGUAGAAUCCCUGAUUGAUGAAGAGCUGAUCCAGACGGAGCUGCAUCACGUCCAGACGCUGAAGAUCAUGACCAACCUCUUCCGCAAGGGGAUGCUGGAAGACCUGCAGAUGGACGCUGCGGUGGUGCAGAGCAUGUUCCCCUGCGUGGAUGAGCUCAGCGAGAUCCACGACGGAUUCCUGGUCCAACUUUUGCAACGGCGGAAGGAAUCGCUGGCGGAAGGCAGCAGCAAGAAUUUUGUAAUCAGCCGCCUGGGAGACCUCCUGAUCCAGCAGUUUUCAGGCCCCGCUGCCGAGCAGAUGAAGAAGGCUUAUUCGGAGUUCUGCAGCCACCACACCAAAGCCGUCAAGCUUUACAAAGAGCUCUUCACUCGGGACAAGCGGUUCCAGCAAUUCAUCCGGAAAUUGUCACGCUCAUCGGUGCUUCGGCGGCAUGGGAUGCAAGAAUGCAUUCUCCUCGUCACUCAGCGCAUCACCAAAUAUCCUGGGCUCAUCGAUCGAAUCCUGCAAAACUCCAAAGGGAACGAAGUGGAUCAGAAAGACCUGAGCACAGCCCUAUCGCUGAUCAAAGACCUGAUCUCCACUGUCGACCAGGAAGUGCACAAUCAGGAGAAGAAUGCGCGGCUGCAGGAAAUCUACAGCCGGUUGGACGGACGGACCAAGGCCCACCUGCCCCGGGAGCGGGGGCCCUUCAGCAAGGAGGAGAUGCUGCGACGGAAACUGGUCCAUGACGGCAGCAUGCUCUGGAAGACCCCCGCCGGGCGCUUCAAAGAUGUCUUGGUGGUGCUGAUGACGGAUGUCCUCAUCUUCCUACAAGAGAAGGACCAAAAGUAUAUUUUCCCCACCCUGGACAAGCCCGCGGUCAUCUCCAUCCGCAACCUGAUUGUCCGCGAUAUUGCCAACCAGGAGAAGGGCAUGUUCCUGAUCAGCAACACUCCACCCGAGAUGUACGAGGUCCACGCUGCAUCGCGUGAUGAUCGCAACACCUGGAUGAAGAUCAUCCAGCAGAGUGUCAAGCUCUGUCCUGACAGGGCUGACUUCCCCUUCAUUGAGACCGAGAGCGAAGCCUCUCUCAGGAAGCUGAAAGAUAAGAUUCAGCAGUGCGACCAGGAGAUCGGGGCGCUUCUCAGGGAGAAAACAGAACUCUUCGCGGACCUCGUGGCCCUUCAGAGCGGCAGGGAAGACAGCUCCUCGCCCUGGGGGAACCCCCGCGCUCUCUUCCGCACCGAGUCCUCGGACUCCGUGCAUGGCGAGAAGCUGAUCCAGGAAGCCAUCAGGGAAGUGGAAGUUUUGAAAGAUCUCGUUGUGGGACCCGCCUGGGAUCCAGAGCAGAAUCACACGCAGAUGCUCAGCAGCUGCUCCAGCCCGAACCCCAGUAACACCGCAAACGGGGAGACUGGAAUCAUGAACGACGGUCUUGAAUUUACCAGGGUGAACUUGGAGUCAAACCAUCGGGUGAGUUUUGGGAAGCAGCUGGACGGCCGACGAGCCCCUUUCCCUGUUUCGGUGCUACAGCCGGGCACGGCUGCUGCUUUCCUUGGAGAACUGCUGGAUCAGUUGCCCAGAGUUCAGGCACUUUGGGGAAUGCGCAGAACCUUCCACUGGCCAUGCGUUAUUUGCUACGUACAGAAGGCAGCCUGGGCUUUUUAAGCUUUCUGCAAGAGCUCUUUUAAAAGAAGGCCAAUUUGUUUUUUAAAAAAUUCAAGGAAGUUGAUGGAAAUCACACCUCUUGAAAUUCCUUUAGCAAUGCUUUCUCCCAGCUUGGCUUCAGGGUAGUUGGGGAAAAAAGGCUUAUUGCUAGGAAGAUUUUGGGCUUCUUCUGUUCUGACCCAGGCUUCCCCAAAAAGCAGGAGGCAGACUCCUGAU